AUGCCCGCAAUUCCAUUUAUUGCCUCCUUGCUAGAGCAUGCACUCGUGCAUCGCUCUGCUGCAUCGCCCCCUAACGUGACUGCGGUCGGAAGUUCCUCGCAUCUCGAGGUUGUCUGCGCCUGGCCGGUUUCCGGUCAAUAUGGCCCAGGGACCCGAGUCCUAUACUAUGUCUUGAUUGCAGCCUGUGUGGUCGCUCGCAAAGUGGAAUGGAUUCGGAACGCUUGUCUGGCCGCUGUGUUACUUUUCCCCGCUAUUGCGGCUCUCCAUGGGAUUGUGCUUGCUGCGCUUCAUGUCGAUGGCGCUGUGGAUAUGGAUGUCUAUGGGGCAUUCCAGCUGUGCGCAAUCGGCAUCUUAACUGCCCCAGCGACCGUCAGGCUAUCCCGGACCUACUUCAACAACCCCGGCCGUGAUAUCAUCUUUCUGUGGACUGUCCUUCUUCUAGUUGGACUAAUAAGUUUGAUUGUGGAAUUCAUGCGCCUCAAACCUAGUAUUUGCCCAGGUGACGACCCGGCAAGUAUUCACUGGGCCUCAACAGGAGGGAAAAAAGGUGGUGAGUUUCGAUAUGGUUCCAACUGUGGCAUUUCUUGUGCCCCAGAGGAUGGUCCAGUCUCACCGUUGCGACUAGACGCAGCCAACAAUAUCUAUGUGAUUCCAGUGCCUCAUGAGCUGUCAUUCAAUGCUACUACGCUCAUUGCAGCUGCAUGCUGCAUUCCUGCCAUCCUGUCGUUAGUAUCCAUGUGGAUCAAAAUUUUGGAUGAUAACUGGGAGAAGUUCUCAAAUGGAAAACCUAAGUACCAGCCAGAUGAACCCAUUCUGGGAACCAAUGGGGCUACCAUCACCCACAUGAAUGGGAUUACCAAUAAGAUAAGCAAAUGGCUGGCUCUCAUCGAGAUACCGGUGUUCGCUGCAGCAGUGCUGGCAAUUCUCGUCAAAGGCGAGAUGAACUUCUGGAGUACGCAAGUGCAGUACCAAACAGAGCCUAUACAAAGUAUUGGUCAAUGGGCGCCAAUCGUCGGUGCGGUCCUAGCUGUAUUAGGAUCACUAUAUCUUCUUCUCUCCGCGGAUAUGGAAGCCGCGGAAAAGGAAGAUGGACAGCAAGAAGAGACUAUCGUAGGAAAAUGCCCAAGUUGUGACUGCGCUGUUUCGGAUACCGGAAGAAGUUCUCGACGAGAGUCUAGAACAAGUUCCGACAGACCGGAUCCCGAUAUCGAAAUGACAACCAUACGCCGCCCUACUACCAAUCAAACCCUUGGCACCCAGCCUGAUUUAGGAAGACGAAAGGUUGCCCGCUUCCUUAUUGCAGCAAGUGACAUCAUGACAACCAAAGCCCACAACCAAAUCGAGAAAACAGGGUUCAAACCCGAAGCGAAAACAACGUACCCGGAGACUCCAGGAGAAAGAUACAAAAACUCAGAUCUCCAAAAGCAGAUAGACAAAUAUAAAAUGUCAUCUACACCCGACAACCGAUCAAGAGCUGCAAGCUUCGUAAGCAGCAGGGGUUCCGUGGACAAUGGCGAAGGCAGUUCAAAGAGGCCCGGGAGUCCAACACGGCGUUCAGUGCCCACCCCAACUAUCUCGCGGCCAAAAUCCCGUCAAGCUCAUUCAAAUUCACUCCCGAGUGGGGGCAUUUUUGGGACAUCAACAUUGCAGUGCCCUCCUGUAGCCGCGUCUGCAGGGUGGCAACGACAAUUGAGUCCGUUAGAUAUAACGCCAAUCUCACGAAGUAGAGCACCAUCUAUGUCCGAUGUCAGCCCCACAACAUCAUCGCCGAAGCCACAGUCUACGCCGGAGAUAGUAAUUUCCCCUGAUGAAGAUAGUUGA